AUGAGCCGAUUCAGAAGAUACGAAAUCGUCGAAGAAGAACCAUUACCUUUUCUGUUACCUCCCUGUCACUCAUCUUCUUCACAUUUCUUCGUAACCGAAGCCCUACCAUUUGCUUCCUUUGUUGAAGAAUCUCUCCCGUUCAAUCUCGAUCUAUGUCUUCUCCCUAGUCAUUUCCACGCGGAUCUGGUGCGCGUGGAUCGUACUGCGUCGUGUUUGCAGAAACGAGUUGAGAAGCAGCAGAAACUCGGUUUGGAGAUUUUGAGUGACCGAGUCGCCGAGUUAGAGUCGCGAUUCGAGCAGAUCCUUGGCGGGAAGAAGAAGGAGGAGAAGAAGAAGAGCAGCGGCGGCGGCGGUGGUGGAUGUGAUCGGAAGUACACGUGGACGACUGAGAUUAAAGGAGCUGAAAAGAAUGGGUUUGAUAGGAAGUAUAAGUGGAUUGCUGAGAUUGUUGAGGAAGAAAAGAAGAAGAAGAAGAAAAGUGAUGAGAGUAAGUUGAAAAGUGCGGUUUUGAAGAAUGUUAAAUGGACGGCUGAGAUUAAAGGAAAAGGGGAGGAUAGUGGGAACACGAGGAAAUAUACUUUUGCAGUUGAAAGUGGUGGCGAUGAUGCUGAGAAGAAGAAGAAGAAGAAUGUGAAUGAGAAGGAGAAGGUGAAGGAGGAAGAGAGUGCUAAGGAUAAGAAGAAAGAAAGAAAAUUGCGUAUUGUGGAGAUUGAAGAACCUGAGGAUCAUAGGGUUGUUGUUUUAAGACAGGCAUAUGCUAAGAGGUUUGGAGCAGUUCAAAAUCAGAGAGGCAAAAAGAAGGAAUUAUCCCCUCAAGAUGCUGCAUUGUUGAUCCAGAUCACCUUUAGAGCAUAUAUAAUCCGUAGGUCAAAGGCUCUUCGUGCCCUUAGAGAACUCGCUGUUGCAAAAUCUAAAUUAAAGGAACUCAGAGCUCAAUUCAAUAACUUUUCCUACCGACGCCGUAUAGCUAGUGAUCCAGUGGAACGCCAGAGGUUUUCUGAGAAAGUCAUUGUCUUGCUCCUAACUGUUGAUGCCAUUGAGGGAGUUGAUCUGAUGGUUAGAUCUGCAAAGAAGUCAAUGGUGGAUGAGCUGGAAGCAAUGCUUGAUGUGGUAGAUCCCCAGCCUACUGGAGGAUCCCAAUCAUUCAAAAAAAGAACAUUUGAUAUGCCUGAUGGAGUCAUCCGGAAGGAAAUUGAAGAGGGUGUUGCACAAGUUGUGCAAAUGCUCGAUGAAGCCGAGAAUAGCAGCAGCACCUAUGAAGCAUCCCAUCAUGAUUAA